AUAGAACAUCAUACAAGAUGAGAUUUGGUUCCGUCAAAUUCACAGCUGCACCGGGAAGGAAAACAAGGAAGUGGCCAGAUGGGAUAUUUGAGUGUGUCUUAAGGACAACAUCCUCCCAAAAGUACCUGUUGAGGAUGCUGCUCUCUCCCAGGAGAAACAAGAACGGGACACUGGAAGUCCGUCUGAAUGAACGCCAGGCUUGUUGCUGGAUUGUCGCUGGAAAAAUAUGUGCACCGUUGGCACGGCUGACUUUGCAAAAUAACAGAAAGUAACACGUUUUAGGAGCCUGUGAGCCAAAAUAUUAACAGUUUCUUUCGUUGCAAGUUGGAUCAUGAAAGUCCUUUCGAAGCUUGUGACGUUCGAGAACCUCCAUGAGGUUUGGAGAUUGUGCCACUGGGGACCGGUCAUCGCCCUGUCCGUCAUCGCCAUAUGCUCCAGCAUUGCUGUCCUUGAUUCCAUAAUCUGGUACUGGCCUCUAGACACCACCGGAGGCAGCAUUAAUUUCAUCAUGCUCAUCAACUGGACCGUCCUCAUCCUCUACAACUACUUCAACGCCAUGUUUGUCGGGCCGGGGUACGUCCCUCUCAGCUGGAAACCGGAGAAUCAAGAGGACAUCGAGUAUUUGCAGUAUUGCAGAGUGUGCCAAGGGUACAAGGCCCCGAGAACCCACCACUGCCGCAAGUGUAACAGGUGUGUGAUGAAGAUGGACCAUCACUGCCCGUGGAUCAACAACUGCUGCGGCCACCUGAACCACGCCUACUUCACCAGCUUCCUACUGCUGGCACCGCUGGGCUGCUCGCACGCUGCCGCCAUCUUCAUCAUGACCAUGUACACGCAGCUCUACGAGAGGAUGUCCUUUGGCUGGAGCACCGUGAAGAUCGACAUGAGCGCCGUGCGUCAGAGCCAGCCUCUCAUGCCCUUCAGCGUUGCCGCCUUUGCCGCAACGCUCUUUGCCUUAGGACUGGCGCUCGGCACCACCAUCGCUGUGGGUAUGCUCUUCGUGAUACAGCUGAAAGUCAUCAUCCGUAACAAAACCUCGAUUGAGUCCUGGAUCGAGGAAAAGGCCAAAGACAGAAUACAGCACUACCAAACCGGAGAAGAGUUCAUUUUCCCAUACGACCUCGGCAGCCGCUGGCUCAACUUCAAGGAAGUGUUCACGUGGACGGGGACGCCGAGAGGUGACGGCAUCGAGUGGCCCGUCCAUCCCAAGUGUCACCAGCACACCUUAACUAUUGAGCAACUGAAGCAAAAAGCCGACAAGCGAGUGAGAAGUGGGCAGGAUCCGACAGGGCAGUUGCCGGUUGUUCCAUCUCCAUCGUUGGGGUCCCUGCAGCAGGUGCAGUACCAAGCCGUGGAGGACUACAACGGAGCCUGCUGCCCCCUCACCAAGGGGAUCCAGACCUUUUUCCGAACCCCUUGCACAGAGGAGCCCAGGAUACCCCUAAAACGGGGAGAUACCAUCCUGGCCACUCGUGGCACCAAGUGGUGGAUGUAUGGCGAUAAAGUUUUGAGCCAGGAGCAAUUGAGCGCGGGUGAGCGCAUCAGGGGAUGGUUUCCAAGGCGAUGUGUGGAGAAGUGCCACUAUGACACAGCCGCCAUAGACGGCACCAGCGAGAAGAAAGUCAAUUAACGUGUGCUUUAUACCGAAACGUCAGUUCUUCAUCACUGUAUGCAGAUGUUGCAAGAUGGCUGCACACAUACUUGGCUCAACUUUUUGAUACAUUUUGACUCGACCCGAGCACUAAAGAGUUCCACCGUAGUCAGUCGUGUGGCCUUCCGUCUCACUUUUCUGAACAAACCCAGCAAGCUUCUUAAUCUCGACCAGUUGCCGGCAGGCUUGUAUGUGAUUACAUAACGUCUUUUCUUGAACAUGUUGUUUUGAACGCGUGCCGAUGUCUGUUUUUUGGCUAAUUAUGCAAUGCCUCUCUGCCCAGCUGAUCCCGGGGCAGCGUCAUGCAACUCUUUCUACUGUACCCAGAUAGCGCCUGAUUUCUUUUUAUUAUUUUUGUAAGAACUUUGUUUGCCUGAGAUUAUAAAACCUGAGAUUUC